CAGCUUUUGGAUUGGAGCAAGGGGUUAAGAAUCACCAGCAAAUUGAAAAGCACAAAGCUACAAGAUGUCAGGCCGAAGCGGGAAGAAGAAAAUGUCCAAACUCUCACGCUCAAGCAGGGCAGGCGUUAUUUUCCCUGUGGGGAGAAUGAUGCGCUACUUAAAGAAAGGAACAUACAAGUACCGUAUAGGUGUUGGAGCACCAGUUUACAUGGCAGCGGUCAUAGAGUACCUAGCAGCUGAAAUUCUAGAAUUAGCAGGAAACGCAGCACGAGACAACAAGAAAGGAAGAAUUGCCCCCAGACACAUCCUGCUGGCUGUUGCAAAUGAUGAGGAACUGAAUCAGUUGCUAAAAGGCGUGACUAUUGCAAGUGGAGGUGUCCUGCCUAGAAUUCAGCCAGAGCUUCUGGCCAAGAAACGGGGUGCCAAAGGCAAAUCUGAGACCAUCCUUUCCCCUACUCCUGAGAAGAAGGGAAGGAAAUCCAUGGUGAACAAAAAGAGUGGGAAGAAGGCAAAGUCCACCAAGGCCCGGACACCGAAAAAGAACAAACAAAAGGACAAUGAAAAAGAAGGAGCUUCAAAUUCAACAUCUGAAGAUGGACCUGGGGAUGGUUUCACUAUCUUGUCCUCAAAGAGCCUCGUGCCAGGACAAAAGCUUUCUUUGACACAGAGUGACAUCAGCCAUAUUGGCUCCAUGAAAGUAGAAGGCAUCGUUCACCCUACAACUGCUGAAAUAGACCUCAAGGAGGAAAUAGGCAAGGCAUUGGAAAAGGCUGGAGGGAAAGCGUUUUUAGAAACGGUGCAAGAGCUUCGCAAAUCUCAAGGACCUUUGGAAGUUGCUGAAGCUGCACUUACUCAGUCUAGCGGCCUAGCAGCAAAGUUUGUCAUCCACUGUCACAUCCCACAGUGGGGCUCAGACAAGUGUGAAGAGCAGCUUGAAGAGACCAUAAAGAACUGCUUAACAGCGGCAGAAGACAAGAAGUUGAAGUCUGUGGCUUUCCCCCCGUUUCCCAGUGGCAGAAACUGCUUCCCAAAACAGACAGCAGCCCAGGUGACUCUACGAGCUAUUUCCACCCAUUUUGACGGCACCAGCUCUUCCUCCUUGAAGAACAUUUACUUUCUGCUCUUCGACAGUGAAAGUAUUGGCAUCUAUGUGCAAGAAAUGGCCAAGCUAGACACUAAGUAGCAAUGGCAGCCAAAUGAAACUUUAUUUUUCAACAAACUUGAGUAGCAUUAAAAGCAUUAGAGGUGGGUUUUAUUUUUUCAAUGUGAUGAGGAGGGGGAGUGGUAGUAGUGUGAUGUGUUGUGUCUUGAUGAAGAGCUGUGACUAGAGAUGAAAGGGGUUUAGUCUGAUUUCUUCAUGCUAUUGGCAUCCUCUAGCCUUUUAUAUCACCUUACGCAAUUGAGUUGCCGUCUCUUUUCAGGAGUUUGUUUAGUGUCCCUUGUUACUUUAGUUUAGAAGUUUUUAAAGAGUAACCUCAUUUUAGAUUUUGUAGUGAUGGAUUUUACACACACACACACACUUUAAAGAAAGCUCUUAAAAAUGUUCUGCUGUCUUUACCAUCUGCCCUCAAGGGAGGGGAAAACUUCUGCCUCCAGCCCACAGAGAGGGGAAAAGGGUUUUAGAAGUGAUGCAUGAGGAGCUUCUGUUUUGCUUUUAACUCACAACAAUGUCUGUAAUUACUGAGAAUAUUUCAUGGUGAUUUUGUUUGUUUUAUAAGAAAAAAAGAAAAA